AUGAAGAAGCCAACUCGUGAGGGUCUUAUUGCGGUAGUCGUCGGUACCGUCACCAAUGAUGUCCGUCUAUACAAGGUCCCCAAGCUAACGGUGGCUGCAUUACACGUUACUGAGGAGGCUCGUGCUCGUUUCCUGGCUGCUGGAGGAGAGAUCCUUACUUUUAAUCAGCUGGCCCUCCGUGCCCCUACUUGGCGCAAGGCUGUGUUAAUGCAGGGCCGCAGGAACGCUCGCGAAGCCGUGCGUCACUUUGCUCCGCGCCGGGAGCGCCUCGCUCGCACACCAAGCCUUAUGAACGCUCAAAGGGCCAUGAACGUGCUCGACCGAGCCGUCGCCCUAAUGUGUAAUCUUUUAAUAUAA